AAAACCAAGUGAGAAAGCAAUAAAAUAAAUAAACUAAAAAGCAAAUGAAUUUUAAAACCAAUUGCACUAUCCUUUGGAUAGUAAAAGGGUAUUAUUGGCCUCAAUUAAUUUAACUCUGCUUGUUUAUUUGAAAACUGCAUUGACUUUUUUCAACAUCCUAAAUGUCAGUUUUUAGAGGAUCGAGGUGACUCAUUUGUGGACUGAGUCUUGAAUGAUAAAAUUUUUUUGAGAAAAAUGGGAAAAUAGUAGGCAGGUAGUAAGCUGGAGGGUGUAAACAUAAGUGCAUUGCUUUCACCUCAGCCUCUAUUCACAGUCAGGAUAAAGCAGGGCACGAUUUCAUCAAGAUAGAGUGCUGCUGACGGCCAUAAACACUGGCACAUUAAAGUGGUAACCAUGACAACCCUUUAAGAGGGACCCUUUAAAGCAUUCGCUGAUAGGCCCUCUCUUAAUAACAUUAACAGUCAAUUUUGCUGCCCUGUUUUUCGCCCACAUGUAGAUAUGUAAGCAGUAGGGAGAUAUGUAUUCGUACCAAAAUUAUUUGGCACGAUCUUGCUUCCUUUCUUUCCACAGAUAGAUGGGCAGAACAACCCAAAACUUCAAAGUAUUUUUCUUGAACGUUUUCCCAUCCACACAGCUCACUUCACUGCUGACGGGGAACAAGUGAUUUUAGCCUCGCAGAGACGAUCGUUUUAUGUCUAUGACAUGAUCAAAGGAAGUGUAAUUAAAAUUCCUCGAAUAAGAGGUAUAUUAUUUUUGUUAUGAUAUAUAUUAUCAAUAAUAAUUAUUUUAUUAUUAUUACUUAUAACUAUUUUAAAGCUCCACUUCAUGAUCAUGAUCAUCGUGAUCAUCAUCGUCAUCAUCACUCCACUUGCCUGUGCCUGUGUUCCAACAGGGUUCCCUAUCUUUGGCUGCUGCUCUUGCAUAUUUGUCGCUGAAGUGCCACCCUGCUUUUCUUCUUUUUGCUUCUUUGCUCAUCUCCAGGCCGGGCCUGCCUUUCUGUCUCUUUUUCCUCUGCUUGUCAUCCCGCUAAUGCCACUGUUCAGUUACUAGAUGUAUCAAAGAACAUUUCAAUCCUAUCCUGUGAGCAGAGUCUCCCCUUACAUUACUGACAUUAAGGACAGACUCUGUCCGAGUGUGAUCCAAUCAAGUUUCAUAAAGGUCUCCUUUCUAUUACUCUACCUGAUUUCCUUUGCCGCUCAUGGCGCAGUAGCAUCUGUUGUGUACCUUUGACUCUGUCAAUCGCCACACUCCUUGUAGACUAAAAAAACAGCCAAUAUUCCACAAUGCCACCACUGGUUUCUUCGUGAAGUGACGUCUUGAGAACAACUGCAGAAAUUUCAUACUGAUGAUGUAGCUCUACUCUGAUCUGGGUAGUGCUUCUGAUUGGCCGUGCUGAGAGGGAAAUUUGCUUUAACCAAUCAGAAGUUCUACGCAGAUCUGAGUAGUGACACUUCACUUCACUGAACCCAACCCUAACCCUAAUGCUGCUGAUGAUGAUGAUGAUCGUCAUAAUUCCAUUUUAUGUUUCAUACAACUUCAGGUAGAGAAGAAAAACAUUUUGAUAAGUUUGUUGUUUCCCCCGAUGGCAAGCAUCUCGUGUUUCUUGGCAGCAAUGGGUAUUUAAUUCUUCUUUCAAGCAAGGUUAGUUGAAGAUGCCGUCAAAACAUGCUAUUUUAAUUAGUUUAUUACUAGGUAAUACUAUCGUUCGCUGCAGCAGGUUAACAGCAACUCCUCUGUUUUUUAGUUACACGUUUCAGAAGAUAUUUAGUAGUAGUCAAUCGUAUAUCUUGUCUUGUCUCUGUAGCCAACAAAAAUACAAAAAAUUGAAAACAAAAAGGCGAUUGAUAUUUUUGUGCUAUGGAUGCUAUGAAUGUCGCUUGUUCCAUCUCCCUCUUCUAGCGAAAGUCCUUAGACCGUCUGAGACGUUAUGGGCAGGCGAAUACGAUGCACCAAUUAAUCACUAUAAGUAAACCCCCUGUUCUGACUUCCUGUUCGUCUUAAGUUCUGUAGUCGGCCAACGUUACGCCAUUCACCUUCGGUCUUAUACCCGACAUUGGACCUGUUUGUCCCCUUCUUUUUUCCCACUUAAUUGUUCGUGGGUCAUGAUGUUCAUUUUCUUGUAAACUAGAAGACGCGUUUUAUCGUUUGUCGUAUCAAGAUACAAGAAAUACAGCGAAGUUGUCACUUCUGUAAAAAGUUUAUGAUCAUUGCUAGUCAAGCAGGCGAGUUCAUCAUCAGGAUCAACUUGCCCACCUGCCAUUUUCAAGAUCCUUUCAUAAAUUCUUUAUCGAUCUUUAUCGAUCAAGUGAUGAACGAUGCUCCAUCAAAACGGCUAGGCAUCUUUAUGUUCCAGGACUUCGUUCCUGUCAAUAAAACGAAAGAACAAAAAAUGCAUAUAUGUUUAGCCAUCUUUGUGACAAUCUUUGUUAGUAACGUAUAGUUUUUACUUUUGAUUGCAAUUUUGUAGUCUUUCCGCUGUACCAUGGUGUUUCAAACCUGGGCUAACGUAAAUGUUUAUAAUUGUUCUAUUUGCUUCGUUUUGCAGACAAAACAGUGGGUUGAUAAUCUUAAGACGAAUGGGUCAGUCGACGCGGUAGCAUUCAACGCUGAUGGGUCUCGCACGUUUACUGCCGAAGGUACAGCUCAUGUACUUUUAUCAGUUUGAAUAAAAAUCAUUGGCCAUCUUGGGCUAAGCAGGUUUUUUGUACUACGUAUAUUUAGUAGAAGGGUUGUCGGUGUAUGUAUUUUCCGUACCGACAGGCGACGGAGAGGUGUAUGUGUGGAAUAUGAACACACGCAGUUGUGUGCACAAGUUUAGAGAUAAAGGGUGUCUAAAUUCCACUACUUCGGCGGCAUCUGCAGAUGGCCAGUAUCUGGCCUGUGGGUAAGUGUUCAUUAAUUAACAUGUAUCUAGUGUCUGAAUUAUUGAAGGAAAUCAAGGGUUUCACCAACCUCCGUCCCACUUUCUCUCACGAUCCUUGAAUUCAAGUCACGAAGCUAUCAAAAAUCUUUUUUUUUCGUCAAGGUCUUUAAGAACAUUAUGCACCAGGUAUUGCCGAUUUUUAGGAUACGGAACAUUGUUUGAAUCACAUAGCUGAGCUUCGUACCGUCCCCACGCACCCCUGCUUGGAGUAGUAAGCAUCCCCAAGAUAGUAACAAGGUGAGCAAUAGCAAUGAUUAUAUUAAUGACAGAGGACUUUGUACAUAAUUGUACAUUGUCUGACUGCAAUGCAUCUUAUUUAUAUAACAUACAAUUGGAGAGUGGAAUUAUGAGAAAUAAAUGAUACAAAUAACAGCUACAAAUAAUAUUAUAGUAUACACACCUAUGAUAACAUACAAUGCAAGAUUUUAUUCAUCACGUUAUGUGUGCCCCCCCCUCUUUUGUCUUUAAAGGUUCCAAACUGCCCCAUCAGAUCAGCAACUCCUAAGACAACACAGUCCAGUAUUGUGGAGAAGUUUGGCAUUAAACUCUCACAGGAUGAUUUAAACAGACUGGAGGAUGGAAAACAGCUGAAUGAUCAGGUGCUGACAGAAACUCAGUGAAGUAUAUAUUAAUUUGUAUUUUAAAAUAUGUAACUUAUUUCUCUUUCUGUUUCAAUUUUAGAUUAUAAAUUUUUAUAUGGAGCUUAUUAAUCAAAGAGGAAACAAGGUAAGAGGACCAGAAAUUAAAUGCACUUAUGCAGGCAACAAUCAUUAUUAUUAAAAAUUGCAAAAUACUAGGUUGCCACAAUAUAUUUGACAGCAUAUACUAUGAACACGCGGCUCAGCGACAAUUAAAAGAAUUAACUGGUAGAUUUUUCCUUAUUUCUAACAUGAAUGCUGAUCACAGAUAGUUUUUCUCUCAGUCUUCAACAGGCCACCCAAGGGUUCAAUGCUUUAACACAUUUUUUUAUGAAAAACUAUCAAAGCAUGGGCCAAAGUGGAUGGCUAGAUGGACCAGAAAG